AUGGCGGAAGGGGAGCCCUCGUAUAUCGACUAUGAGGCCUUCCUAGACCCCGACUUUUCUCCGGCGAGCUUUGCCAAUACUCUCGUGUUGAGCACCAACAAUGCCACCGACACCCCACUCGAUCUAUCCACUCCACUCUCACGAGUCCUCUUCGACCUGCAAGAAAUUGAUACCCACAUCCACACCCUUACCACAAAGUCCGCACUGCCCCUAUUAUCACAUACACAAGGUCAGACCGAGGCUGCAGAGCGUAUCCUAAAGGAGGCCGGGACACAGAUCACUUCUGUGACUCAAGGAUACGAGCGGUUGGAGAAGGAGGUCUUGCAGAAAUGGAAGGCGGCGGACGAGGCGCGCAUUGCCGCAGAGAACUCUUUGUCUACGGUCCGGCUGGCUCGGGCCGUUGGACGUUGUCUGACGCUGGGUCGGCAGCUGGAGAGUCAAGUUGGAGAAAUCACAGGCAGAGGCACAGGACAGCCAUCCACAACGGGGCCUGAUGGAGCUCCGCCUGUGAGAGAGGGAUUCCGAGCGCUAGAACGAGCAGCUUAUACGAUUCUGAAUCUGCGCCAGAUGUUCUCAGCUACGACGGAAGAUGACGAGGGAUAUGGAUUGGAGCGAGUUAAGGUGAUGCGCACGUUGCGGAAUGAGUUUGUGAUCCCCGCCGAAAACAUGGUCAAAGCAAGGGCGCAGCAGACUAUCAACCGAUUCUCCUUGACAAGUCCCAUGGCUCCGUCCAAUGGCCACGCGCCGGUUCCUUCCAGCUACAAGCAAGUCCGUGAUGCGCGGGCACGCCUGGGUCCUGCUGCCGCUACUCUAUAUCUUCUUUCCCCCAUCCCGAAGGGCGGUGCCACUGUAUCCGACUACAAGCCCGAGCUACUCCUCUCGACGUUGCAGGGCUACAUGCACACAGCUAUUAUGACCUCGGUGAACAGUCUCGCCAAAUCACUCUCCCAGCUCCCCACGAUGGACCGAACUCUCAACGAGGUUGCCUCACGAUGCCAGGAUAUUGCUGCCCUGGAGUCUUUCCUCCGAAACCUCCGCGCACCAACACAUCCUCUCUUAGCACCCGGCGGCCCCGGCGGACCUGGAGCCGACUCGGAGGCUGCAGCAAGUGCUAAUAAGGCCAACUUGCUCCAGCCCCUCCUCAAUGCCCUCGACACCUCAUCGCUGCCUUCAUACUACUGGCGCUCGCUCGCAUCUUCCCUCACGUCACGCGUUCAAGAGAUCAUCAGCCGGGGUGGUGUCUCCGCGCGAACAUUGCGGUCGGACCGUGAUCGACUCAAGACAGAGAUUAAAGAAUGCGUUAUGCGUGCUUCGCAGGUAACCGCAGCCAGCUUGUUGGCUGAGAAGGGCCGCUCUGGUACGGAUACUGUGAGUUUGGGCAACUGGGAGCGCGAAGCGGCUGUCAUGGUGGGCUCAGUUGUUGGACCACUGGGCCGGUGA